AUGACCUCAAUCAACACCAUCGUAUUUGGCCCGACAGGCCAUGUCGCUUCUGCUGCUGCACAAUUCGCGCAAGCAAAGGGUAUGAAAGUGUUCCUUGCAAUGCGGGACGUGCAGAAGGAAAUUCCCGGUUUCACUUCCCAGCAGGAGAAAGAGGCAGGCUUCGAGAGGGUAUAUGCCGAUCUCACAAAACCCGAAACCGUACUUGCUGUUGUGCGCAAGACUAAAGCGAAGCGGGCAUUUCUUUACCUGAUCUUUGGGGCACCGAUGAAUCCCAGCAUUGAAGCGCUCAAGGCCGGCGGUGUGGACUUUGUCGUUUUUCUCAGCAGCUCCAGCGUUGUGGGAGACCUGCACAGCAUUCCCCAGAAAGACUUCAUCGCUUGGCAACAUGCUCGGGUCGAAAUCGCCAUAAGAGAAGCAUUCGAUUCCGAAAACUACAUUAUGGUCCGACCUGGCUAUUUCAACACCAAUACAUUGGGCUGGAAGGCUUCAAUCCGUAAAGGCAAAUUCGAACUUAUCUAUUCGGCAGCUUUGUUUGACUUCAUCUCUCCUGGAGACAUCGGUAGGGUGUGUGGGGCUCUUCUUGUUGAGGGACCUCAACAUCUUGAAACAAAGGCUGGACGAAAUGUUGUAAAACUACUAGGACCCCACGCCAUGUCACAACGUGACGCCGCAGAGAUCGUCGGCAAGGCCAUCGGGAAGGAGUUUGAGAUCGUGGAACUAGACGACGAGCAAGGCGUACGUUUCUACAUUGAGGAGAUCGGCGCGCCGGAGCCGGGGGCCAAGUCUCUAGUCAGAGAUCUCAAGGCCAGAGCCGAAGGAGGCAUAAGUGCCACAGGUUACGUGGGUCCUAUUUACGAGGAGGCGAUUGGAAACAUCCAAAAGUAUACUGGUCGGCAGCCUACCAAUUUUUCCACGUGGGUUGAGGAAAACAAGGCUGCAUAUGUGGAUUAA